AUGUUCGGCUCGAUUGGCAUGCCGGAACUGAUCAUCAUCUUCAUCAUCGCGUUGGUCAUCUUCGGCCCGCGCAAGUUGCCGGAGCUUGGCCGCUCUCUGGGCCGUAGCCUGACCGAGUUCAAGCGCGCGUCGAACGACCUGCGGAGCACGCUCGAGGAGGAGAUCCGGGUCGAGGACACGCCCGUUGCCAAACCGCCGAAGCCGAAGGCUGCCGAUCCGGCACAGGUGCCGGGUAACACCGGCACCGGCGCGUAG